AUGCAGGUUAUUAGCGCAAUGAUCGUUGCUCCGCUGAUGGCAUUCUUUCUUGCCUCAGCAGAAGCCGAACAGGCAUCACCAGUGGCACAGCUAGCAGCUGAAGGGGCUCAGGCGUCCUCUGAUGUCCAUCUGAACACAGUGGCUGGAGCGCUGACCGAUUUGCUGAAGAGCGACCAGGGUGCUUCCGGCUCUCUGUCUGCCAUCGCCCAGGCGUCCAAUACAUCAGCAAUCGUAGCGACCAUCACAGACUUGCUGAACGGCACCAUGAAAGGACGGCUGUACACGGCGCAUAAGAACAGCAUGGCAGCCAUUGCGGAUUCGAAGAAGCUGUUUGCAGACUGCCGCAGUGCGUAUGAGGCUGCUGAUCAUGUCCGCUUUCCUCCAGCCUCCCUCUUGCAGACCGUCAACGCGACGCCAUGGUACGAGGAGUUCUUCCAGGCUUACAGCCAGUGCAAGCUUUGGGAGGCCCAGAUUGGAAAAGACAUGACGGCCUGUGAUUACCACUGCACCUCGGAGGUCAAGGUUGUGGGGGAGGACUGCACCUUCUUGGGUGACCAAUGUGGUCCUCUCGACUGUGCACCGGUCACCGGCGAAGGCUACAAGUCCUUUCUGGAACGGAUGAUCAAGGACAUCAAGUCUCACCUGGACUUCUUGGUGUGGGAGCGCUACAACGAAACCCACGGAUGCAACGAUAUUUGGGGAACCGCCGAGCGUUGCUUCAAGAACUGCGAUGGCCAUGUCAUGGAGAUCCAGGAUCUCGUGCCACACAAAUCUACUGAUAUCCCAGGCUGCUGCGCUCCACGCACCCAGGCCGAGGAUGCCAAGUGCCAGGAGCUCAAGUCACAGCGCGUGGCUUGGCAGACCUACGACCAGUGCUAUGACUCAGCCUUGCCGCAGUGGGAAACCACCAAGGGAGAGCAGCUGGCAGAGGCCGACUCUCGCAAGGCGCAGAUGCGAUCCAUCAUGAGGAUGCUUUGCUACGUGAGUUCCUUCGGUCCGAACCAGGCUACGCUGCUGACGCAGUGUAUGGAGAAGGACUUCACGAUGGAGCCAGAUGUGUUGGCUAUGAGCCUUGUGCCAGGCAGCCCGGAGACGAAACUUGAUGCGUUCAGCUGCAACUCAAGCGAGACCCCUGGCACCGCCGACUUCGACGCAGCUCACUAUGGCAGCCUCCCGACCGGGCUUGCAGCCUGCCCAGCGCUGCACUGCGAGGAAGCUUGCAACGGCGAGGUCAAUGUGUCUUCCAUGCGGAUUCUCGAAGCCACCACAGAGCCUCCUUUGCCUAUGACCACCGCCUCGACCAAGUGUUUCAAGAAGGCAGGUGGCGCCGACGCUGUCUAUUGGGACCUCGGCUCUGAGCAAGCCGUUGGCACUGUGUCUGCCGACCCUUCAGACGACGUUUCUAACAUCAAGGUGUAUCUCACAAACUCGGAGCAUGGCACUGUUCUGCCCACAACGGA